GGAGUGAAGCCGCUAAAACAGCUCGUGCGAUACCGAGUGUGGCGUUAUGAUAAUUGUAGCAGGCUUUCCAGCUCAUAAAAGUGUGUUGUCUCGGACCCUGAUCAUUAAAAAAAGUAGAGAGGACAAUGACAAAUCUUUGAUCGCCGAUUUAUCAUCCGUCACUGGGAUACUGCCUUUGAUUGUUUAUUAUUUCGUGCAUUUAGAUCUUUUUUUGUCUUUCAGCAAGUGAGUUUUUCUGUUUUGGUAUGGAUUAGAUAGCUAGCAAGCAAGCAAGCAAGCGAGUGUCAAGUCUGGAAUGUCGACACAGCGUGUUGUUUUUGAAAAGGUCAUUUAGAGGUUCUUUUUAUUGAGAUUUUAGCGACCGUACAGUGAAUGCAUAAAUAUUAUCGCUUUAGUCUACUCGGACGUUGUCGUAGCUUAGACAUAAUAGCCUAUUGCAAUGUUAACGUUGAACUAAAGUCAUUCCGGAAAGCGCAACUGUGCCUGGGCUCUAUUUAUUCCUACUCAAACAUUUUUGCCUUUUCCUUUGAACUUAAUCGUAUUUUAGAUAAGCACAAUACCUUAUCCACCGACUUGUCAGAUAUGAGACACGGUGCAGCCUAGUAGCUAUUGUGUCACCACCUGAACUUGCAAAAACUCGGUCUCUAGACCGUGUUCGCUACUUAAUCGAGGAUCUGAAGUGAGGAACAAACUGUUAUGGAUCUUCCUUUGGAACUGACAAUGAUAACACAGCCACCGAUGAAGAGGAAGCGUACUGUCGAGGACUUCAACCAGUUCUGCACUUUUGUGUUAGCCUACGCUGGUUAUAUCCCUUAUCCGACAGAGGAAUGGCAGUGUAAUAACAGGUUACCGCGGGACAGCCCACUCCAUAGUGAAGGCCGGGCUUCCCCUUCUUCUUCCUCCUCCUCCUCCUCCUCUUCCUCUUCCUCUUUCCCUGACUUGCUCUGCGGCCCUGGUCUGGGAAAAAGGGGCGGAGCAACACAAGGCAAGACGCCCGAGAGCAGGAAGAGGAGGAAGCGCAGGGAGGCCGCGUCGCACGAGGAGCAGAGGCUGGCGAAGCCCCCCAAAACCAAGGUGCCCCCCAAGAAGCUGGCCCACCAGCCGCCCCAGUUCCAGUGGAGGAACGUCGGCUUUCUCCGCGACGGUCCCCGCGCGGGCGGCGAGCUCGCCCCUGCCUUGCCCCUCCCCGGACCCCAGCGCGACGCAAGGGAUUGUGGGUCUGCGAACCAUGGGCCGAGUCAGCGAACUGGCCGGGGCCCGGAGGACCACAGCACUUUGAGUGAAUCCGUGGCGAGCCAUGCAGAGAGAACCGUGCCUCCUCCUCCUCCUCCUCCUCACUUCACGAGCCCCGCCCUUCACCCCGUCAGCCAAUGCGAGGAGAGGCCUGCCAGUGACAUCACCACCGUGCCCAGCAAGGGCAAACAGUGGGAGGGGCCGUGGGACCCGUCGGCCACCAGAAGGACUGAGCGCGUGCGAGAGGGGGAACGAGGGAACGGUGCCCAGGGAGAAGGAGAGAGAGAGAGCGGGAGAGACGGCAGCAGGGUGCAGGAGGAGAGGGGAGGGAGCAGGAGGGAUGGGGGGAGGGUGGAGGAGGAGAGCGGGGGAACGGACAUUCUGCGGCUGGUGAUCGAGAGGUGUCUGGCGCGGCACGCCCUUGACGACCAGGACACUGGUUACCAUAGCGACGGCGGUAGCGACAUGGACGCGCGCUCGGUCACUGCCUCCGCUAACAGUACAGAGGACAUGUCUGGCAGUCAAAGUCAAAUGGAAGAGGAGGACUCCUGGGACCUGAUCACCUGUUUCUGCAUGAAGCCCUUCGCGGGACGUCCCAUGAUAGAAUGCGGGGAGUGCGGCACCUGGGUGCACCUGUCCUGCGCCAAGAUCCGCCGCACCCACGUGCCCGAGGUGUUCACCUGCCAGCGCUGCCGCGACGCCAAGCAGACCAUCCGCCGGUCGGGGCGGGCGCGGUCCGGGCCCCGCAAACGCUUCAGCGACUAGCGCGCCUGAACCCCCCCGCGCCUGUACCCCCCCCCCAAUGAACCUCUGAACUACGGCUCAGCAAACCCCCCCCAUCCUGGACCGUUCCUCAGCAAGCACUGGUGCCCAAUCGGGAGCCUGGGAGCGGCAUGCAGGUUUUCGUUUCAGCCAAUCACCGCACCUGCUGAUUUCACCCUGAAUUCACACACCUCCUACCAUAGUGGAGGGAACCAAUUGGUGGAAUCGGCAGGUGCAGCGGCUGGUCGGCGUGAAAAACCCGCAACCCCUCGGCCCUCCGUGGCACAUGACUUUGGCACCGCUGACUUUCACCAGACACGCGUUACAGCAGGGCUGCCCCGCCCUGUUCCUGGAGAUCUACCGUCCUGUGGGUUUUCACUCCAACCCUAACAAAGCCGCACCUCACUCAACAGCUAGAGCAGGGCUGUCCAACCCUGUUCCUGGAGAUCUACCAUCCUGUGGGUUUUCACUCCAACCCUAACAAAGCACACCUCAUUCAAUAGCUAGAGAUCUCAUUGACUCAUAAUUAGUCUGGUGUGCUAAAGUAGUUGAAAUGAAACCCUACAGGACAGUAUAUCUCUGGGAACAGGGUUGGGCAGGCCUGCAUUGCAGGCGCUCAUACCCAGAGUGACUUAAACAGCUGUUGUACCUUUUUUACCCAGUAUCCAUUUCUACAGCUGGAUACGUCCUGAAGCAGCUCUGCUUCAGUGCCUAAUGCUCAAGGGUAUGGCAUGUGGCAGUGUCCUGCGUGGGAGUCAAACCUGCAAACCUCAGUUCCUUACUCAUCACACUGCGCCACCGCCCGAAUACACUGCAUUUAAUUGAUUGAUGAAAGCAACUGACCGCAGAGUAGACUCACCUUAUCCGGCUUCCUGGUGCAGAACUGGACGUCGAUUUCAAGGUGAAACGACCAAACCCUCCCCCCCACCGCGUUGCCAGAUAUGCGGCUCCGGGGCUCCUUCAGUCCUGGAAUUUUGAACUCCUGGAAGUUCCAGCUGGCAACAGUAUCUCACCUGCUUUUCUGUGCUCAGAUUUGGAAUGUCUUUGCUUCAGCAGCUGAGAGAUGGAACUCUCGGGAGUUCGGAAUAGGUUGUGAAUGGAUCUCUGCCGGGCGCUGAGAGUAUUAACUCGGACAUGCAACAGACAUCGCUCUGAUGGGGGGGGUUCCUUGUUUUGGGGGAGGGGGGGGGGCCCCGCUCCCCUAUGUUUUUUUAAUUAUUUUUUUUUACAUUGAUCUCCAAAGAUCUCUAUGCCAUUGUUCAGGGGGGGUGACUUUACUGCUCUGCAUAGUGCAUUACCCCACAUUCUGUAAAUAUCAAUACCCAGCUGGAUUUUAACCAGACAGACUGGCAAAGCCCUGCAGGCUCUUAUCGUACUGUGCGGCAGCAUCCGAUUGGACAAGGCGGGCCCAACAUGUAUGUGCGCAUCAUAAGGAGUCUUCCAGUCGCUAUGGUGCUGCCUGACAAGGAGAGAUUCCAUUGGUCUCUGAACCACCAUGCACUGAAGGGCUGGCCUUUCCUCCUGUGUCUGUGACCUCUGACCUUUUCCCUACCCCUACCACCACCACCACCACCACCACCUCCUCCUCCUCCGAGCCACUCCAGUAUACAGGGGAGGCCUGAGAAUGGGGGUGUGGUCACAGAAGUCGCUCAAAUGAAAUUGGACAGAUGAGUUUUGAGAGACCGUUUUAAGGCCUGGUUCUCAGUCUCAUCCAGUUUUGCACUGUACAGUGCAGCUCUCCCUCUCUGUUCUCAAGGUGAACAUGUACAAAGAAAAAAAAAACCCCUGUAAAUAGUUUUUGUUUCCAGUUCUUAAAAGUUCUAUAAAUAAAUAAAAAGUGACAAAAA